UUAUAAUUUACUGUUGCGGCCACUUGAAGGAGUAUUAUUUAAUAAAGAAUUUCAAUGGAAAAAGGUCAUCCAUAAAGCAAAUUUAGAAAUGGAAUUUUUAAGUUCUACUAAAAUUAUAGUGAACUUUACAAAAACAAUUGGAAAGAAGUUACUUUAAGAUCACAAAGUUUAUGAUACGAAAUAUUUUCGUGUUAUCAUUCAAUAAUGGAAUUAAUUAAGAAGACUUAUAAACACAAAUUUAAUCACACUUGUUGAAUGAGUUUUUGUGAGAACAAUAAAAAUUUAGAAACGCCUUAAAAUAGUUCGUUGAAAAUGAAAAACUAUAAACAGACAUGAAGGAUGGUACCUGUUGCGCGAAUUUAACUGUUGCUAAGAAAUACAUGUAAGCAACAGUUAGCGUAAUUGUAUAAACAAAAUAAUUGUUGAUAAUUUGUAAAUCCAAACUUAAGGCAUACAUGGCGAUUUUUCUCAGUAUCCAAAGGAGACCGUAUUUGUUAUUGAUUAAACAGAAUUUUUAUUUCAACUUAAUUCUAAAAAUCACGAGAGCUAUUCGAAAAAGAAGAAAAAAAUUAAAAUGAAAUUUUUUAAGAAACUUUUUCGUAAGAAAAAACCUGAAUUAAAACCUGGAGAAAUCUUAGAUCAAGUUAUUUCACAGUCAUCAGCAAGUGCUAAUCAGUGUCUUCUUUAUAAAUUAGCAAAUUAUAAACGAGGUGGUGAUUUAAUUGAUGCAAUUCAAACUGGUGGUCAAAUUGCUGUUGAACAAUUAAUUCGUGAACAAUUUGGUGUUUUUAUGUAUAAUAAUGGUAAAGGACAAGUAAUUAAUCGUGCUGAAUUUUUACGUUGGAAAUAUCGUGAUAAUCAUCAAGUUACAAUACCAAUUGAAGCAUCAUUAUCAUCACAUGAUCCAUUGGGUAAAUGGUUCGAUCAUAAAGCAUGUUGGCAAAUGCAAUAUCGUGGUUCAUUGGGUGAAACACUUUUACAUGUUUUAAUAAUAUGUGAUACAAAAGUUCAUACAAAAUUGGCACGUAUUCUUUUAAGAGUAUUUCCAGUUUUAGCUUUAGAUGUUAUGGAAGGUGAAGAAUAUUUGGGUGCAAGUGCUUUACAUUUAAGUAUAGCAUAUAGUAAUAAUGAAUUAGUUGCUGAUUUAAUUGAAGCAGGAGCUCUUAUAAAUCAACGUGCUAUUGGAAGUUUCUUUUUACCAAGAGAUCAACAAAGAAAUAAUCCAGUAAAAAAUACUGAUUAUGAAGGAUUGGCAUAUAUGGGUGAAUAUCCAUUAGCAUGGGCUGCAUGUUGUGCUAAUGAAAGUGUUUAUAAUUUAUUAAUUGAUUCUGGAGCCGAUCCAGAUGCACAAGAUUCUUUCGGAAAUAUGAUAUUACAUAUGGUUGUUGUUUGCGACAAACUAGAUAUGUUUGGAUAUGCCUUAAGACAUCCAAGGACACCGGCAAGAAAUGGUAUUGCUAAUAAUCAAGGACUAACACCAUUAACGUUAGCGUGUAAAUUGGGAAGAGCAGAAGUAUUUCGCGAAAUGUUGGAGUUAUCUGCCAGAGAAUUUUGGCGUUACAGUAACAUAACUUGUUCAGGCUACCCGUUGAAUGCCUUGGAUACUCUAUUACCAGAUGGAAGAACGAAUUGGAAUUCAGCAUUAUUCAUAAUAUUAAAUGGUACGAAAGAAGAACAUCUUGAUAUGCUUGACGGUGGAAUCAUACAACGUCUUCUGGAAGAAAAGUGGAAAACUUUUGCUCAAAAUCAAUUCUUGAAACGUUUAUUAAUCCUUUUCAUAUAUUUAUUCUUCUUAUCCAUAUCGGUUUACUUAAGACCAGAAAAUAAUAAUGCGGCAACUAAAGAACGGCAAAGAGCGAUCGACAACAAUGAAAACAGUGGUUACGAUACAAUGACCAUAGCACGAUAUUCGUGUGAACUUGCAACAUUAGUAAAUGUUGCUUGUUUCCUAAUUUUUCAACAAGGUGAUGAAAUUAAAAACCAAGGAUUUUCAGCUUUUGUUAAGCAAUUGGGACAUGAUCCAGCUAAAACAAUAUUUUUGAUAUCAAAUUUUUUAAUAUUGGCAUGUAUACCAUGCCGUAUGAUGGGUGAUACUGAAACAGAAGAAGCCAUAUUAAUAAUUGCAGUACCAGGUAGUUGGUUUUUACUUAUGUUCUUUGCUGGUGCAAUUCGAUUAACAGGUCCAUUUGUUACAAUGAUUUAUUCCAUGAUUACUGGUGAUAUGUUCACAUUUGGUAUAAUCUAUACAAUAAUUUUAUUUGGAUUCUCUCAGGCCUUUUAUUUCUUAUUCAAAGGUCAUCCAAAUGGUGAUUCAACACUUUUUGGUAAUUUUUUUUCAACAUGGAUGGCAUUAUUUCAAACUACUCUGGGAGAUUAUAAUUAUCCAGAAUUAAAUCAAACUUCAUAUCCGAAUUUAGCAAAAACAGUUUUUGUUAUUUUCAUGAUAUUUGUGCCAAUUCUGUUAUUGAAUAUGUUAAUCGCUAUGAUGGGCAACACAUAUGCUUUAGUUAUUGAAAGAUCUGAAAAAGAAUGGAUGAAACAAUGGGCAAAAAUUGUUGUUACGUUAGAAAGAGCAGUACCACAAGCUGAUGCACAAAAAUACUUAGAAGCUUAUUCUAUACCGCUUGGUAUGACGGAUGAUGGUACAGAGCAACGUGGUGUUAUGGUUAUUAAAAGUAAGAGUAAAACAAGAGCACGGCAACGUAAAGGGGCAGUUAAUAAUUGGAAACGUGUGGGAAGAGUAACUUUACAAGCAUUGAAGAAACGCGGUAUGACUGGAGAAGAAAUGCGACGCCUUAUGUGGGGACGUGCUUCUAUUACAAGUCCAACUAAGGUAGCUAAAAAGAAAAAAUUGGAUCCAUAUAAUGUUUAUAACGAAACAAAUAGUGCUAUUGGUGCUGCUAUGGAUGUCAUGACUUUUACUCAAGAUAUUUUAAUAUCACCAGAUUUACCAAAUGAACCGAUAAUUGACCAAAAGAAAAAGAAAAAAACAACUACCGUUGUAAGUACUGCAAAACCGACUACAAAAAUAGAUCCAGCGGCCAGCGUUUCAAAUAUUGAUGAUCCAUUACGAGAACUAGUGUUAAUUUCGGAAACUCUACCACCAGACGAUGCAAAUGUUCAAAAAUUAGCUGCUCAAGCAUCAACGAUGAGUGAUGCACAGGAUUCCAACCAGGCAACAACAUCAGGACAAAUAAAAUCUCAUUUAAACGUUCCAAAACCAACAGAUAAUGUGGCCACAUCUUUAUCUUUACCAAAGAGUGGUCAAGAAAUUACAAGUUUUCAGGAAAUGUUUGCAGCUCCAACGUUAGAUCCCGAAAAGGAAAGAGAAUUCUAUCGUAAACUUGAAGCUCUUGAUGAUACCGAAGAUAGUGAUGGUUUUAUUGAGAGACCAGUCCUAGGAAAAAUCUCUCUAAUACGACGAGCAAAAUCUGCUGUAUCAAAAACUUCAGCUAAAAGAAAUUUAAAUGACGAACGUUUUCCCUUAUUCAACUUUGCUUGGGAACCACAAAAUCACCAUCCUAUUACGAAUGGGAUUAGAAAUGCAGGAUUUGGAGAUAAUAACAGUGAUGAAAUUAUACAAAUUGAAACUGAAGCUGCUGAAGAAGUUGAAAAUGAAUCGAAACCAACAAGAAGAGAUGAUGAACCAACUGUUGAGGAAGUGAAACAAAAGAUGGCAGAAUUUCAUCUGAGAAGACGACCAGAUUUAGAAAGAGAAGAAAGACAAAAACGAGAAAAAAGUGGAAAAAAUAGGAGAUAUAAGAAUAAAAUAUCACCUGACAAUACAGUGGAUGAUUCUAAACCAAAAUCAAGUCGUCAUCGUUCAGCUCCAUUAAAAUAUACUUCACAAAGAUCCCAAAGAGUAUGUGAAGAUUCGCCACCUGACCCUUUGGAACCAUGGAGUACAAGAGAAUUGCAAAAUAUAAAUCAAAUAUUAAAUUCACAAAAAUCCGAACGAUCAGAUGUUUAAAAUCUACACAUCCUUUUCUUAAAUUUGAAUCACUUAAAAACACAAAGUUAAUAUUUGUUUCGUUAAUUCCCUGUUUUACACCAGUCAACAUGUUUAAAGCGUUAUAUUUUAUAUUUUAUCCUAUAAGCUAAAUGAGACAAUUGGCUUCAUUUUCUCUUUUUACCUUCUUAAGAAGGUGUAAAAUGAAAAGUAAAGUUUUCAGCAUGUUGAUCAUCGUAAAACGCUGGAAUUGUUGAAAAUGCAAUAAAAAAAAGUUUUCACCAAUUUAUUUCUUUCUGUAAACUUAUAAAUAUUAAUCCGGCUGGUAGGGUUAAAUAAUACAUAUUUUUAAUAUU